AUGAGACAGUUUCUAUGGAAAGGAACGGCCCUUGGCCGAGGUGGAGCUAAGGUUGCAUGGGAAGACGUUUGUCUUCCAAAAACUGAAGGUGGUUUGGGUAUUCGGAACCUCAAAGAUUGCAACAAAGCUUUAAUGGAGUUCUUGCUGAGAUGGGGUAUAUCUCUUCUAGAGUUGUCUUUGAACAUUGACAGAUUUACCUGGUGCGGCCAUCCGUCGAGUUCAUUUUCGGUAUCAUCGGCAUGGAACCUUAUUAGAGCCAGGAAAAUUCUGGUUAACUGGGCGCCUUUAAUAUGGGACAACGCCAUAGCCCCUCGUUACCAGUUCAUUCUUUGGCUUAUUGUGAAGAAUAGGCUUCCCACACAGGUCAUGCUUCUAUCCUAUGGUCGUAUUGGCUUCAAUGUGUGUGCGUUUUGCAGCGAAGUCCCUGAUUCGAGAGACCAUCUUUUCUUCGGAUGUCGCAUCUCGGCUUCCUUGGCCUUCUUCUGGGCCGCUAGAUGCAACCUUCCUUGGAGAAAUCGAUGCUGGAAUGAGGUGCUCUCUUGGGCUCGGAAGUUCCUAACUGGAAAUGACUUCUAUCAUAGAAUAGUUCGGUUCUCCUUCGGAGCCCUUUGCCAUCUCAUCUGGAAGAAAAUGAAUGCAAUCAUAUUUACAGGUGAAUCCCUUGUGGUCCCGGCGCUUAAAAAUCACCUUAUUAAGGUGGUUAGAGACAAAGCCAUCACCUUUAAGAAUGUCUCUCCUUCUCCAAGGAACAAAAGACUUCAAAGAGGAUGGGGCUUCGAUCCGGUGGUGUUUCUUAGUGGAUCCGAUCCUUAG